AUGGCGGUUUUGACGAAUAAAGGAAUUAAUGGGGAAAUUGAAGGAUUCUUCCAAAGUGGUUAUAACAGAUGUACAGAGGGAAUCUUUAUUUCAUCUCAGCCCGAAUACUUGUCGGAUGAUCAUGUAGUCUUUUACUUGGACACCCAGGGCACCUUUGAUUUGCAAACUGAACGGAAAAUCUCUGCUUGGAUUGCCGGAUUCAGUCUACUGGUCUCGGAUAUUCAGAUAAUCAAUCUUCGCGGUAACCUUGGAGGAGAUAAUCUACAGGAUCUCCAUUUGUUCACAGAAAUGCAAUUGAUCUUCUUGAUACGUGAUGCUCCAAAUAGUUCAAAAGAUGAGAUUUUCUUAGAUGAGCUCUGGCUGCAAACAUCACAGUCUAAAGAUUUACAAGAAAUGUCUGCCUCUUUGAGAUCCAAGUUUUCUUUAAUUGAAUGUUUUUGUGCUCCGCCAGCUUCGGAUCGAAUUCGUCGCGCAAAUGGGAAAAUUCAAAUUGAGUUAGAAGAUCAACCUUUGCUUCAAAAACUGAAUCUUGUCAAAGAAAGUUUGCUCACUUCAUCCAAAUCAUUGGACGAUCAGCCAAUGAGAAAGACUACAGGUUAUGCUAAGAAAGCUAAACAAGAGAACUAUCUGCAAAUUUACGAAGAGAGAAGAGGAGAAGCUUUUAAAGCUCUGAAAGAACUCGUUCAUCCUAAAGAUUUUGCUGAAGCUGAGAAACUGCUUAGCUCUAAGAUUACGAAACUGUUCACUGUCAAAGAGUUGGAGCUGAAAGAGGAAGCGGCACAAAAAGGCGAUCAACUGAACAUUGAGAAAUUUCAGUCCUCUGAACUCUCAAAAAUUGGAAAGCUUGAUUUCGAAUCGUUGUUGAAGUUGAAAAGAGAGAAUCAAAUGGAGCUCAUUGUUGUCGAAUUCGUGAAAACCCUCCAUCGAUUUACUGACAGUGAUUUUUUGUCGAUCAAAACCAGACUAGAGGAGCGCUUGGAGUAUCAAUUUCUCUUCUCACGAGAAGGACAUUUGAAAAAGUACCUUGACGAACUUGUGAAAAAACUACGAGAGAAAAUUCUUGCCACUGAAACUUGUUACAGAAACGUUGAAGAAAUUUGUCUGGAAGAGAUCCGCUUGAGUCUUGUGCUGUUUUCUGAUGAACUCAAGAGAACGGGAGUUGAUGAAGAAAAGACAGAUGAGUUGAUACUGUUUGCAAAGGAGGAAUUCAAAAAAUGUUCAUUUUUGGCUUUACGUCUUCACAGUGAGAGGAGAGUGGCAACGGAGCUUUUGAAUACACUUACAAAACAGCUCGACAUUUCGAGUAAAAAACAAGCGACCGAGCCCUUUUCCUUGGAAAUCGUUGACGAAGUAGACCCGGAGGAUAGGGACAUUGAUGACGCACAAUCGUGGGAAUUCGAAGAACACGAAGAGAGUAAAAAACAAGCGAACGAAGACAAAAAAAAAACGAUUGUUCUACAAAGAUUUGAAGAAAACUUGCAGACAUCGACUAGCACUUUUCUUGAGCAUAAGCAAACGAUCUUGGAUCAGAGGAACAACUUUGAAAAUCUGAAGAGACAACAAGGUGGUGAAGAAUCUUGGGCAUUUGAAGCUGAAUUCCUUAAAUUGAUUCAGUCACAAGAUCAAUUGAAUCAUGAAUUGAGAAUGAGCGAACGAAGAUCGGAUGUUGAGACAAACUAUGAAUCGCCGAGGUGCUUACGGAAUCUCGAAAUGGAGGCUGAUCUUGACCUCGAGAAGUCAAUUAGUGAAGAGACUUUGAUCGAUGAAUAUAUCAACAACAAGAUCAUUGUUUUUCAUUUAUUUGAACAGGGAUUGGCGGGUUUUCAAAACAAAGCUAUGAUUUUACAAGAAUCCAUUGAAGGGUUUCUGCAAGAACUUGAAAUAUAUUGUGAAGUUGAAGGAUUUGAUUCAGAAUUGAUUGCUAUUAAAAGAGAGAGUUUGAGGAAGGACCUGAAUCUGCUUGCCGGUGAUCUUUCUGUUACUGAAACGAGAUCCGAUGAUAUGGUAGUCGUUGAAAACGGCAAUGUCUCCAGUCCAGAAAGAACCACUACCAUUAUUCGAUGGAUUAGUCAAAUUGGCGGGAAUUUGUUUAAGAUUUACAAGUUAAUUGUAUCGCUCUUUCGAGAUAUAUUUGGAUCGCAUUCUAUCUGGCUAUCUAACUUA